AUGUUAUCAAAACAAAAGAGUGUGAAGUACGUGCCAUUUUGGCUUAUUGUUGCUGGUUUUGCAAAUGGGAUCACUUGGUUCACUUAUGGCUUGCUCGAGACUGUUGAUGCUUAUAUUGCUGUGGUUGGAAAUGGGAUUGGGGCAUUGUUUGCUCUCAUCCAGCUACUUGUGUUUGCUUAUUACAAAUCCAAGCAUAAUAAUAUAGUGAUUCAAGUAGCGAUGCGAGAUCAACAAGCGAAAACUCAGAAACAUGUUAUUGAGACUAAGAAUGCUGAGUCCAUGCAAUUUUGGCUUUGCCUAUCCGGCUUCCUUAACGGUGGCAUUUGGCUAUGCUUCUUAAAGAAAUUUGAACCUUACAUUGCUGCUGGUAAUGGAAUUGGAGGACUAUUUGGUGCGAUUCAGCUUUUGGUGUACGCCUUUUACUACUUCAAAGCGAAGAACAACGUGGCUAACGACGACAAGCAAGGCGAUGCGCAAAGGAAACUUUCUCAAAUAGUUUGA